ACAUCACUCUCUAACGAUUUGGUAGAAUAAUUCAGAUUUAAACAUCUCUCUGCAAUUGCAAUUAUUUCUCUCACGACGUAUUUUGCACUGAGCACAAUACAAGAUGGCAAGAUGCAGGAUGCAGUAUGACAACGUAAAUAUGCAAAACGAUGAUAAUUUCCCAGAAGUCAUAGAUAUGACAUGCAGCUUGCAUCAACCUGAUCUCGAGGAACUUGUCUCUGCUAUGGAGUAUGGUUUGGCUCCUUACUUUAAUCACGUUGCCGCCAGUGUAGUUGAAUGUCCUGAUCUGUUGGCCCCUCCGUAUUUUCUUCGCGCACCAGGAAUAUGUGGCGAUGCGCAAGUAAUAGAAUUUGGUAAUCACGAACAUUUAUAUGACCCGUCAAAAAAUAAGAGAGUAUCAUGGUUUCUUCCACAAUACAUAAAUCGAUAUACAAGAGGGUCUUGCCUCGGCAUCGGAAACACUAUGUCACGCGAGAUACCUAAUAAAAAU